UGGUAACCUGUGUUCGGCAGGGCAGGACAGUAAAGGGUUAAAGUGUUUUCUGUCUGCUGCUCAAGUCUUUUUGUUCAGUCUUUCUAGCGCGACAACGAACUUACUGACAGCUGCUCAACGGAUCUUCCUUACGACUUAAGACACAAAAGAGAGCAGCAGUCAUGGGCAAAGGAUGCAUUGCCGCCACCAAGUACUUCCUGUUCUUGUUCAACCUCCUCUUCUUUAUUUUUGGAGCUGUAAUCAUGGGCUUUGGACUAUGGGUCAUCCUGGAUAACCAGAGUUUCAUCAUGGUUUUGCAUGAGUCCUCCACAACGCUGAAAGUUGGCGCCUACAUCUUGAUUGGGAUUGGAUCUCUGUCAAUGCUUAUGGGCUUCCUGGGCUGCAUCGGUGCCAUUUAUGAGGUCCGCUGCCUGCUUGGACUGUACUUCACCUGCCUCCUCCUCAUCCUCAUUGCCCAGGUGACGGCUGCUGUCAUCAUCUACUUCCAGAGAGACCGGCUGAAACAUGAGAUGUCCACUAUUGUGAACACCGUCGUGGUGAACUACACCGGUCAUAACAAGACAUCUGAGCAUGCCUGGGACUACCUCCAGAGAACGAUUAAGUGCUGUGGUUGGACUGGACCAUCUAACUGGACGGAGAAUGUGGUGAUAAAGAGUCAAAAGAACAAUUCUCAGAAUCUAUAUCCAUGUUCCUGCAGAAAUGACUCCAUCAGUGGCACAGAUAUAAAAGAAACAGGCCUGUGUGAAGCUUUGUCCCCUGAUUGGCCUGUCUUCACUACGGGUUGUGUAUCUAGUGUGGAGGACUGGCUCCUAAGGAACUGUGGAGUUAUUCUGGGAGUCUGUGUUGGAAUAGCAGUGAUUGAGCUUUUAGGGAUGAUCCUGUCCAUGUGCCUCUGCAAAAGUGUCCAACAGGAGGAUUACACCAAAGUACCCAAAUACUGAGAGCAAACCCCAUUCAGUGACUCACUCACACAUCAGAAAACACCAGUGUUACAGCUUCUUCACACCAGCAACAACAACUGGAACAAAGCAGACCAGACGACAUCCGAUCACCCACACUCACACACACACACCCACACCCACACCCACGUUCUUCACUUUAUUAUCCCCUUGUUUAAGAGCAAUGUUUUCCAUUGAGAAUUCUUUUAUCUAGAAACUAGUGAUCUUUUUCUUGUUAGUGUUCUGCAGGGUCUGAAUAGCUUUAUGUUUGGUUUCUCACGUUUGUAUAGAUACAUAUACUGUACGCUGACUGUUGCAUUUAUGAUUUUAAUUGUUAGUCGAAUCUGAGAGCACUUUAGUGAAUAGCGAGUUUGAAAUGGGAAAGAGCUAUUAGCUACUUUUAAAAUAUUUUUAUAAUCUAGAGGGGAAAAUCAACACUUUUUUUUUUUUACCUAUUAUAAUUUGUUUUAUUUGUAUGAGAAUUGU